AACAUGAAUCUUCUCUCUUCGAUAUGAUGUAUUCUUAUUUUAUCCAGCAAUGAGAAUACUCAAAAUUAUCGGGUAGAAAUUGUUAUCUUGAUCCAAUACCAAAUUCUUGUUACCAAUUCGCAAGAAAAUGUGUAGCGGCUAGAGGAGAGAGUUAAUCACAUCUCAGGAAUGAAAGGAUUAAAGGGUUCGUAUUCAGACAAGACUUUACUUUGUGUUACUGAUCCAGUUUUCCUGGUUCAUAUCUAAAACCAUAUUGAGAGAGGUUUUUUCUCUGAACUCCUUCUCUGGAAGUGGCUGCCAUUUCAUUUCAUGUCGCUUGUUUUGCAGCACAAUCUUUUUUUGCCUGUUUUCGGGGGAGUCAGGAAGAUUAUCAUGAAGAAGACCUUAGCAAGUUGGCAGCCAUAACACGGCGUGAACAUAUGAAAAGUAAUGAGCUCAUGGGGACCUUAAGGAGCAACAAAUUUGUAAUCAGAAUGUCAAAGGACACAUACCAAGUGCUCAAGAAGCAUUUGCAGGAUCAACAGCAGGAAUUGCUUCUUACCUUGAUUCAGCAACACCUUCACUUUGAUGUUUUUGAAGGAAGACCACGGAAUAAGCAAACAAUUGAAGCAACAGCAGGAGCAGUGACUGGGGAGGCAACAUUUGAGGCCAACAAAAGCAAGGUGUAUUAUGGAAUUCCACCAGAACCUGAUCUUGGAGUUGUUAUCGAAGAGGAAAACGAGGAGGAAGAAGAUAAAGAUAAACCAAAAAAAAAGAAAGUGAAGAAAGAUUCCAAUGGUCCAGGUAAAGCUGAACGAGAGAAAUCUCUUUUAAACUCGGUUAGUAUAUCGAACGACUCGAGCCUGCUGUCCGGUGGAUUUGAAGAUAGCAGUGUUCGUGUAUGGAGCCUCACUCCCAAGAAACUGCGCAUGCUCAAAUCGCCAUCGGAACUUGCUCAAAUUGAUAAGGAAGCAGAGGACGUACUUGAAAGAAUAAUGGAUCACAGAACUGCUGUAGAGUCGAGGAAGUUGAUUGGUCAUUCUGGCCCCGUGUUCUCGACGAGUUUUAACAACGACAACUCGUUUCUUGUCUCCUCUUCUGCUGACAGAACAGGUACCUUCAGUUUUUUGUCUCCGUGGAUGACUAAUGCACUUUGUGUUCAACUGGCCUUGAUUGUUUGCACUCUUCAUUUUGUGGAAUCUCACCCCAGCCCUCGCGGACAUUACUUUGCAUCAGCAUCACAUGACCGUACGGCCCGACUGUGGAGCACAGACCAACCACAGCCACUGAGGAUCUUCGCUGGUCACGUGUCGGACGUCAAUAGGGUCGUCUUUCAUCCCAACUGCAAUUACAUCGCAACAGGGUCAUGUGAUCGGACCGUCAGGCUCUGGGAUAUAAACACAGGCAGUUCGGUGCGGUUUUUCACUGGACACAAGGGAGCGAUCUAUUCACUGGCGUUUUCACCGGAUGGCCGUUACCUAGCUUCUUCGGGCGUUGAUAAGGGUAUUCUAGUUUGGGAUCUCGCGGAAGGGGCAUUGUUGACCGAGCUAAAAGGACACUCAGACACUGUGUACUCUUUGAUGUUUAGCAGAGAUGGGAAUCUGCUGGCUUCAGGUCGAGUGGAUAACUGUGUGAAGCUGUGGAACGCGCGCUCCAUUUGAAAUCCUGACAAUGAUGACGAUGAAGGAACAGACCCGAACCGUGCGUACACAGAAAGCAACACAUUUGAACUGAGUUCGUACCCAACCAAGAGAACUCCAGUGCACAACAUCAAGACCUUUCCCAGGGUUCCACAUGAGUGUGGCGAAGUCACAGGGCCCCAUUUAAACCAGCUAUUUUCUGAACUGAGCUACCCUGUCUAUAUAUUCGUAAUAAAUAAGUAAAUAAAUAAAUAAAUAAAUAAAAAGAAGUUGAGGGAGGAGCCC